UUUUGUGACGUAGGUGAAGACAUAAAACAAUUUGCACAAUUCCUUCCUUUAAAGCAGAUUGAAACAUCGAUAAAGUCAAGUGUGUAAUGUGAAAUCAGUGCUUAACUAAAAAUGGUCAUGGAAUCCCCACUGCAAAGCCGUUUCUGGCCUCUAUCCCCGCGUCUCUGGAGGCGAAGCACGGAAUGCAAAGUCGUCUUCGAGCCUAGAAGACCACCCGUGGACAAAAGGAUAGAUCUGACUCCCGAUCUGCUGCGUUCGAAGAAUAUUAAAGAGAGAUUGGGGCAUUUGAAUUUGGAAGAGCAUAUAGAUGAGGAGAAGAGAUGGAGUGUGUCGAAGCCGCCGUUGGUGAAGAAGGAGGAGGUGAAGAUGAGGGUGAAGAGACAGAGGCAACCGCGGCCGAACAGUCUGCAGUUGCUGCUGUGUCAGUCCGGCUCGGGGCAUUACAGCAGCAACACUUGGAGGUACACCAGGGUUAGGUCGAGGAGCCAUGAGCCCGAAGGAGGCGGGCGCGGCGAGGGACCGCUAGCGCGCGCGAUGCAGCCCGCUCCGGGCUCGCCCAAGCGGCAGCCGCCUCAGACACAGCACGGAACGGCGCCGGCGGACCAGUCAACACUAAAGGUCCACCUGCCGAACGGGGGCUUCAACGUCGUCCGAGCAUCGGCCGACGAGGACGUGCGCUCAGUGCUACGGUUACUAGCGAGCAGGCUAGCGACCGGCGAGCGAGUCUACGCGUCUUGUUAUGCGCUACGAGCGCGGCGGCUGACUACGGGCAAGAUCCGAUGGAUCCACCAAGACACGCCAGUAUCAGAGCUGCUAGCAAAAUGGCCGGCCUCAGAAUGGCGGCUAGAACUGCGCGUGCGGUACCUGCCCGCCAAUCUACGCGGGCUGUGUGACUCUGACCGGGUCACGUUCCAUUACUACUACGAUCAGGUGCGACAUGACUACCUCAACGCCAACCAUCCCAUGGUGGACCAGGAUCUGGCGAUACAAAUAUGUUGUUUAGAAAUAAAAUACUUCUGCAAAGACAUGCAAAUAUCACUGGACAAGAAGUCCAACAUCGAGUACCUGGAGAAAGAGUUCGGGCUGCACAAGUUCCUGCCAAAAUCUGUGCUCGAAGCGAUCAAGCCCAAAGUGCUGAAAAAGGCCAUACAGCAGCAGUUCAAAAAGGUGGCAAACCUCUCAGACACGGAGUGCAUGCUGAAAUAUCUGGAAACCAUGCACACUCACUACGGCUACGACCGCGAAUCCUUCACCGGGGCCCUGGGCAGCGGCUGGGCCAUCCCUAUAGAGCUCGCCAUUGGACCCGAUAUAGAUAUAUCGUACGUAAAGUUUUCUAAAAAACACAAGGCCGGCGACGGGGCCGCUAAUUAACUCUUUCAACGAUCGUACACUAAGAUCGCCUCGUUCGCCGACAUCGUCGCCGUGCAGACGCUCAAGUCCAACUGCCAGUCGCAGUCGCAAACCACACAAUCGCAAUCGCAGAGCGGUUCCUCGUGCGGCAAAGCAGCGUUGCAGUUGCGAGUGAAAGGCGCCACGGAGACGCUAACUAUUACGUGCAGCAGUGUUGAGGCUGCCGAGAGUUUAGCAGACUUAGUAGACGGGUAUUGCAGACUAGUCACAGAAUCACAGACCUCGCUAUGGAAUAGAACAACGGAGAUGAGCUCAAGUUCGUCAGAAGGCAAGACCAGUACUUGGGAAGGCAACACGGCGACGCUGCUUUCAGAAGAUUACGCGGAAAUCGUAGAUGAUGAUGCUGAUUACUCCACGCCGGCAGUUCGAGACUACGAGUUGGUUCGCAACCAGAUCGAGCUAACCGGCAUCAUCGGAGAAGGGCAGUUUGGUGACGUACACAAAGGCACGUGCCGAGUUGCGUCCGCGAACCAUCCUUCCCUUCGGCGACAACUCACCAUACAAAAACAACAGGGAAAGGGCUCUGGCGGAGAGUACAUUUUACCUGUUGCUGUCAAAACAUGCAAGUUAGAUGCUGACCUGGACACCGCUGAGAAGUUUCUAGAAGAAGCUUAUAUAAUGCAGCAGUUCUCGCACCCGCAUAUAAUCGGGCUGGUCGGCGUAUGCAGCGCGCCGCCUAUAUGGAUAGUCAUGGAGCUGGCCACACUCGGCGAACUCCGGGCUUACCUGCAACAAAACGCUAGGAGAUUGGAGACCUGUACCCUGGUGCUGUACAUCUACCAGCUAUCAACAGCACUCAGUUAUCUGGAGAGCAAGAAAUUUGUACACCGCGACAUCGCGGCGAGAAACGUGCUAGUUUCGACGCCCACCUGUGUCAAGUUGGCGGAUUUCGGGCUAUCAAAGAUGGUGGAAGACAAGUCAUAUUACAAGGCGUCGCGCGGGAAACUGCCCAUAAAAUGGAUGGCGCCAGAAUCUAUCAACUUUAGGCGGUUCACCUCGGCUUCUGAUGUCUGGAUGUUCGGAGUCUGCAUGUGGGAGAUCCUAAUGCUAGGCGUGAAGCCCUUCAGCGGAGUGAAAAACAACGACGUUAUCGGCAAACUAGAGAAUGGAGAGCGGCUCGCUCUACCGCCGCGGUGUCCGCCCAGACUCUACUCCGUCAUGUCACGGUGCUGGGCUUACGAGCCGUCGCAAAGGCCGCAGCAACAUCAGCUGAAGGAGACACUCUUUGAGAUCCUGCAAGAGGAGCGCAGCACGGCGUGGGACACGAUGCGGCGCGAGAACCGGCGCGUGGCCGCCGCCUCCUGGGGCGACGAGCCGCCGCCCAAGCCCAGCCGUCCCGCCACCAACCUCACCGCGGCGGAGUCAAGCACCGGCGGGAUAGCGGCGGCUCCGCAGACGUACAUCGUGGCGCAGAACCCUCUCGUGCUGGCGCAGCUGCUGCGCGACAACCAGGCGCGCAGCCUCGACCCGCAGGCCUACACCACCCCCGCCUCGAGUCCAGAAUUGGACACGGAGCAGGCGGUGGAGAGACGCCUACUGGCCGAGCUCGCGAAACAGCAACAGCAGAGUGAGGAGGACAGAAGAUGGCUGCAGAUGCAGGAGGAUAAACUGAAUCGCUUGUCAACCGUACAGUCUUCGGAAGAGGCUGUUGAGAAACUGGCAGAAGGCGUGCAGAGCAUCGCUGUGCAGGACAAGACACCGAACCAGACAGCACCUAACUCGUCGGAAAACAGUCCAGCGAACACCGUGAAGCCAAACGAUAAGCCGCCAAGCGAGGAUAGAACUCGCUCGCACGCGGACGACCCAGUGUACUGCCUGACAACAGGCGUCGUCCGCUGCGUCAUGAAGCUAGCAAACCUCGCCACCAACGGCGCGCCACCCGCCCCCGCGGUACUGCAAGCUGUGAGGGCUAUCGGCACAGAGUUGAGGGCAUUAUGUGCCACUGUUGACAACGUUGUAGUGCCAUUCCCUAGUGCAGAACAAAGGGAGGUGGAAAUGGCCCAUCAGGUGCUGAGUAAAGAUAUGGCGGCGUUGGUGGAAGCGAUGAGAUUGGCGCUUCAAUACGCCGCGACUACAUUACACCACGAAUACACCAAAAACAUGCUCGCUGCUGCACACGUGCUAGCAAUGGACGCGAAAAACCUCCUCGACGUAGUCGACUGCAUCCGCGAACGGCACCCCGGCAUCGACUGGCGCGCCGCCCUACAACCAGAACCUUCCGUCCUCUCCCCCCCUUUCUCCCCCCAACCCGCCCAGUUCUCCCCCCAACCUCAGUUCUCCCCCCAAAACACCGUCCAAGAGGAACCGAAGCCAGACUUCAAAAUCAACCAACCGGUCACAACUAGUCAACUAACUACAACCGAACUCCCUAAAGAACAUAGCAGCCUCCCUGUUACUUCUAACCGCGUUUCCGCUCUGAUACACAACUAUAACCUAUAUGGGAACAUUCGAGAACAACAUAUCUACGGGAAUUCCGAAGUAGGCGGCUCUUUCCAACAUUCAUCGUCAAGCAUCGAUGAGAAAAUCGACGCAGCGCCGUUGGAAUCGGUCAAGAGUCGCAUACAAGCCAUGUCGGGCAAACUCGAGUCGCCACCGAUAUACUCUGUGAGUAAGAAAGUUAUAGUAGACCAGAACGAUCAAGGUUAAACUUUAUUCGCUUGUAGGGGCAUUUUCAGAUUUGGGACCCCCCAAUUAGCGAAAGUUGUUAACAAAAAAAUCACUGUCAGUUUUGUAACGAUAAGCAUGAAAUUUCAAUAAAAAUAUUGUUUUUGUGUUAAUCACAUAA